AUGGCUGUUCUGCAAGCCCAAUACGCCGUUGUCGUGGUAGCAGCAGCUGAGCUCUUGAGGCCCAACUUGGCCAACCCCUUGGCUUUGUCGGUGUCGCAUUCCCAGUUGGGCAACACAAGGCCCUCCCGAAAUUCCCAUCGGGCAUUAACGACGGGUGGAGCAUCCGAGAAAGGAUUGACAGGCUUCAAGGCUGCGCAGGAGGGCAGAGACGGGAAUAUUGGUCCCUUCGAAACGGCGCGGGACGCAAUGGCAGCGGCAAUAAUGGCAGAGAUGGAGAAGGCGGCGUGCUGCAUGAUCCAGGUCAUCAAGGACACACCGGAUCUGAGGAACACAAAAUUGGCCUUCUCCGGGGACAUGGCCAUCCGGAAAUACCUACCGGAGUACGGGCAGCAACACGCAGGACAAAGCAUCGAUCUCAUCGUCAACUCGUCGACCUCGGCCAGCCUGCUCAGGAAGAAGCUCCUGCAACAUCCGAUGUCUCCGGUCAUCGAGUCAUCGCAGGUUCUGUACUACCAGACCUCGCCACCAACGACCUCGUCAAAGUCGCGGCCUGCAUCGCCGGCAUCGGGCUUCGAGGUUCGCAUCACGCCUGAGAUGCUGUGCCCUUUUCUCCCCAGCGCGGCGAAGCCAGCUAGUGGGAUCCAGCCUUCUCCUGACCAGCUGCCCUACAUCUCGCUGGUAGACCUGAUCGUGUUCAAGAUGGAUGCGUGCGGCCUUCGCGACUCAACCCAGAGCAAGCAGACCGAAGUGCGACAUGCGGCCGCACUGCUCGAGCUGGCAACGGAGCACAGCGCUCUGACGCUGAACGAUGACCAGGCACGCGUGGUCGAGGAAAGCUUGGCGGAUGUGCUCCGCCACGCUGUGCCCGACAAGCAGUCCAAAGCGUGGUGGCAGUCCCGGCUAAACGGCACGUGUGACCCCGACGCACGCAAGCCAGUCAAGGAGGUUCUCACCGACCUGCUCGAGAACAUGAGCCUAGACGAGGCUGCCAAGAAGUCGCCCACCACCGAGGCCGGGCCAAGGGGUGUUCUCGGCCGGACAUCCAGCUCCAGCUCGAAGACAUCGCUCACCUCUCUGACUUCGGCAUCGUCGGCCAGCUCGCCGAUGAGCCCAACCACGCCCUCCUUCCCCCCACACUCACGCACGGCCUCGAAAGACCUCAAUGCGUCUGGGCCCAUGCGGCCGAGGAAGUUCAGCACGUCCCAGAACAGCCCGGUGAAGAUGUCCCACUCCCGAAAGAAGAGCGUCGACCAAGGGAAGCCCGCGAGGCACAGCCAGAUCUUGGGCAGCCUCCCUGUCGGCAACAUUGCACACAAUUCACUCCUCGACGAUGGCCUCCGUGCUUCUCCGGGGCUGGCCCUGACUGCGAGGUUUGAGUCCACCCCUGAGGAUGGCAACCUUGUGACCGGCUCAUACUUCUGA